AUGGUCGGCGGCAUGUCACCGCCGCGGCGGACGCUGUCGAUGGGGAGCGGCGGCGCCAUGGGGCGCCGCGCGGCCGCCGCCGCCGCCGCCGCCGUGAUGAGCGACAGCCCCAAGCCCAGGCUGUCCCGAUCGAUGACCAUGGGCGGCGAGCGCACGGUGAAGCGGCUGAGGCUGUCCCGGGCGCUGACGGUCCCUGAGAGCACCACCGUGCUGGAGGUGUGCCGCCGCAUGGCCGCGCGCAGGGCCGACGCCGCGCUGCUCACGGACUCCAACGCGCUGCUCUGCGGCAUCCUCACCGACAAGGACAUCGCUACGAGGGUGAUCGCGCGCGAGCUCAAGAUCGACGAGACGCCCGUGUGGAAGGUGAUGACGAGGCACCCCAUCUUCGUCCUCUCCGACACGCUCGCCGUCGAGGCACUGCAGAAGAUGGUCCAAGGCAAGUUCAGGCACCUGCCGGUGGUGGAUAACGGCGAGGUGGUGGCCAUGCUGGACAUCGCCAAGUGCCUCUACGACGCAAUUGCCAGGAUGGAGAGGGCGUCCGAGAAGGGGAAGGCGGCGAUCGCCAACGUGGCGGCUGGUGACGACAAGUACUCCAUUGUCGAAGCUCUCAAGGAGCAGAUGUUCAGUCCCUGCUUGUCUGCCAUUGCCAACGAAGACUCAACAGUCGUCAUGGUGUCACCUGGUGAUUCGGUUCUUUCUGCAACCAAGAAGAUGGUGGAAGUGCAUGCGAGUUCAGCUGUGGUGGCUGUAGGGAGCAAGCCUCAAGGCAUCCUGACUUCAAGGGAUAUCUUGAUGCGUGUGAUCGCCAAGAACCUGUCUGCGGAUGCGACUCCAGUUGAGAAAGUUAUGACUCCUGACCCUGAAUGUGCCACGGUUGACAUGCCUAUACUGGACGCCCUACGAACCAUGCAAGAGCGCAAGUUCUUGCAUCUUCCAGUGAUGGACAGAGACGGCUCAAUCAUUUCAAUUAUUGACGUCAUCGACAUCGCACAUGCCGCGAUCUCCAUCGUGGAGAGCAGUGGUGGCGACGGUGCGGGGAGCGACGACGCGGCAGCCUCCAUGAUCCAGAGGUUCUGGGACUCCGCCAUGGCCUUGGGUCCCCUGGACGACGAGACGGACACCCAGUCCCAGAUGAGCGAGGCGUCGAGGUCCCAGAUGAUGUCUGAUGUUCACCACGAUUCCGUGGGCGGCAGCGAGGCGGGGUUCCCGUCGUCCUUCUCCUUCAAGCUCCAGGACAGGCGAGGACGGAUGCACCGCUUCAGCUGUGAGGUCCAGAGCUUGACGCCGCUGGUGACCUGCAUCCUUCGAAGGCUCGGCGCUGACAUCGACCCUGACCGCCUACCGCAAAUCCUGUACGAAGACGAGGACCGGGACAAGGUGGUGCUGGCGUCGGACGACGACCUCGCGGCGGCGGUGGACCACGCCAGGCUCGCCGGAUGGAAGGGUCUGAAGCUGUUCCUGGACUACUCCGGCACCACUGGCCGUAGGAAAGCGGUGGCCUCCUCCAGCGGCGCCGCCAUAGCGGUGGGCAUGUCCAGCCGGGACGCGUGGGCGGCGGCGUACAGCGGGGUCGCCGCUGGGGCCGCCCUUGUCACUGGGAUCGGCGUCAUGGCGUAUCUGCGAAGAUCCUCCUAG